UUUUAGGUUUCUCCUAACCCUAACCAAACCUCUCCCAAAUCACCCACAACCUCCGCGUGCACCUUCCUGCCGGCGACAGAGCGAGAUGAAGACCAUUCUCUCCUCCGAAACGAUGAACAUCCCGGAAGGUGUAACCAUCAAGGUACACGCUAAGGUGAUCGAGGUUGAAGGUCCACGUGGCAAACUUGUUCGUGAUUUCAAGCAUUUGAAUCUCGAUUUUCAACUCAUUACUGAUGAGGAUGGAAAGAAGAAGCUUAAGGUUGAAGCUUGGUUUGGAUCUCGUAAAACCUCUGCUGCUAUUCGUACUGCUCUUAGUCAUGUGGAAAAUCUCAUUGCUGGUGUUACUAAAGGAUUCCGUUACAAGAUGAGAUUUGUUUAUGCUCAUUUUCCUAUUAAUGCUAGCAUCACUAAUAAUAACUCCGGCAUUGAGAUUCGUAACUUCCUUGGUGAAAAGAAGGUAAGGAAAGUAGACAUGCUUGACGGUGUUACUAUUCUUCGAUCUGAGAAGGUGAAGGAUGAGUUGAUUUUGGAUGGUAAUGAUAUUGAGCUUGUUUCCAGAUCUUGUGCCCUCAUUAAUCAGAAAUGCCAUGUGAAAAACAAAGAUAUCCGUAAGUUUCUUGAUGGUAUCUAUGUCAGCGAGAGGUCGACAAUAUCUGAAGAAUAGAUGGUGGGCAAGUAGGAAUAUUGAUAUUAGUGUGAUUUUCUCAUCUACUUUAAUUGUUUACUGUUUAGUGCUGUCUCUUAGGUGACAGUUCUUUUAAUUUUGGACUGAAUUCACAAUUUUGUGUUAUCUAUUUUAUCAUUUUGGAAGAUGUUAUUUAUAAAUUUUAUUACAUACAUUGUCAUGGAAUAUUUUCUUUGA